ACAGCUGCACGUAAGGAUACAACACAGAAAGGCUCUACUCUUAGUCAGGCCGCGUCUCCCCAUCGCGUUCAAGGACGAGAACCUGGUGAAACACAUCCUGACGACCUUCCGCAUACAGUAUCUGGCAGAUACCAUAUUAUUUAAGUCGCUCAUCGACUCAAUAUACGCCAUGGCAAGUAAUUUCGUUGCCUUCAACAAAGGUGAGAUAGCUAAGAGUAUCGUCGAGGAAGAAUCGGCGUGGAUCGAUACGGUGUUCAAAGUAUUGCGUACACCGCACAAGUCGCUUGCGACCGCUGGGACAGGAGCCAUCUGUAGGCAAACAUACGGUGCCACCACCACCAAUGGCCACACAAGUCACACACCAGCGCACAGUAUAGAGAGCUCUGGAGCAGCAGGUCUGCCCACGGAGACUGAGAGAGAUAAUGGCAUGGAUACGGGCGAGGUGGCGGAGAACAGGGUGUACAGUUUAGAGGAGAAGCGCCACCUGACUCUGACUAUACGCGACCUCCUGGCCAUGUGCUCACAUUCGCACGAAGCAGCCUUCCGACUAAAUGUCCGAACGAAACUGAUGGAAGCAGGCUUAGUGGAUAUAAUUGCGGUUUGUAUGAGUUCACCCGACGACGAGACCCGACUUGCCGCCACCGACAGCAUACACAUAUUGCUGAUAAUGGAUGGCGAAGCCUUCAGGCAACUCGUGCGCACCCAAUACGAAACAUACACCAAACACGCUGCGGGAGAGGAGAAGGAUGCUCUGAGGAACAGCAUGUUAUUGCGAGUGAUUGUGCACAGGAUAGUGCACGACUCAGAUGGGUCUGUAAAGGCUCUCUGUGCAGAGAUUCUCAAGAGUCUGUUCGAUAGCACAGCGAUGGAAGGGUCGAUUACUGAUAAAAGAUCGUUCCAGAGUAUUCUUUAUAACGAUAGCUUCGAGCUGCUGGUAUCUCCGCUCGAAGAGUACACACCGGGCCCUUCGGAUAUGAGCAUGGAGGAAGCCGAAUGUAGAACAAAUACUAUACAAAUAAUCAUUGAGUUGUUGACGUUCUUCGUCACGCGGCAUGGCUAUGAGUUAAGGAAUCGAGUGCUCAGAGAAUUCCUAAUUGUCAAGGCUAUGAGUUACCUAUCAUCGCCAGAGACCCUGCUGAAACUUUGUGCUGUGAGGUUUCUGAGGCCGAUUGUGGGUAUGCAAGACGGAUUCUACAAUAGACAUCUGGUUGAGAAUAAGAUCUUGAUCCGGCUAACUCAGGCAUUGAUUGCAAAUGGACCGUGGUAUAACAUGGUACACUCGGCGAUCCUUGAUGUACUGGAUACUGUGGUCGAGAGUUCUACAACGGUGUUGAUCGACUCGUUAGUAGUGGAUUUGUUCAGCACCAUCGCUAAUGUCGAAUUUACAGACGUAUUCGGGAAAUUCAUUACUAAUUACGCCAAUAGACAUCCGGCCGAACACCAACGGCUAAUAGUACAACAACAAUCGCACGUCAGCAAUCCCCCCACCUCGCCAAGCACUGAUAACGAGUCUUUAAACGAGACACCGAGGGGCAUGUCUAUCACCACACCGUCCGUACUUUCUGUGCCCACACAGGCGGCAGCACAGCUCGACAGCUCGACGAACACUAACCGAUUCACAGGCGUGACCACGAACACGCACAAUGAUGUAGACAUUGAGUUAGAUUUAGAUACAGAAGAAGGGGGAGCAAGUAUGGAUGUAAUGGCCACCGAGGAUACGAUGGAGGUGCCGGAGACCAGUGGGUUUGUAGGUGCUGUCGAUGGUAAUAACUUAGACGACACGGGGGCGGACACACAACUGGCUGACAUGUCUAUGGGUGAAGACAGCGAUAUCUGGCAGAGCGCUGGAGUGAAUGUAAAAGAAGCCGUAGAUACACACAUGAGCACUGACACAAACACCAAUGCGCAUGGUAUACCGAGUCUGUGAGGUGCAAUGGUUCGGGAUGCUCCUAUCAAUGCCGCAAUGGGCAUGAGUAUGCUGGGUACGGAGCUCCGAACAGAAGUCAGUGAAGCAACCAACAUUUGAUUAAUAUCUAACUAAC